AUUCAAUGAAGGUCUUACCUAUCCUGAUUGUUGCAGGAUUAUUGACUACCGCUUAUUUCAGCUUCUCAAGCACCUCUACAGAUGAGCUUGACUUCCACUUUACUCAAUUCACCACUCAGUUCAACAAGAACUACCAGAAUGAAGAUGAGUACUCCUUCAGAAAGAGCAUUUUCGAGGAGAAUCUUAAGAAGAUCAACGAGCACAAUGCUAAAGGAUUAUCCUGGACUUUGGGAACCAACGAGUUCACUGACUGGACUGACGAAGAGUACAAGAAACUUCUUGGACUUAGAGGAUCCUCCUCCAACCAGGAGAGCGACAAGAUUGGUAUGCUCCCAACCAACUGCAAGAAGCUCCCAAGAAAGAGCAUUGAUUACAGAGAAACCAACAGAGUUGGUCCAGUCGUCAACCAAGGUAGCUGCGGAUCCUGCUGGGCCUUCUCAGCUGUUGCUGGAUUAGAAGCUGCUUAUGCUAAGGAGACUGGAGAAUUUGUCAAGUUCUCUGAACAACAUAUCGUCGACUGUGAUAGAUUCUCUCACGGAUGUGAAGGAGGUCUUAUGACCAAUGGAUUCAUCCACUGGAUGAGACACUCCCCAGUCAGAGAAGAAGAUUACCCAUACACUGCCAGAGAUGGAAAAUGUAAGGAAAACUCUAUUGAUAGCGAAUUUGAUGUCCUCACUGCUGGAUACAGAGUUGAUGUCACUCAUGAAUGCCUCUAUGAAGCCUUGUCCCACAAUGUUGUGUCUGUCUCUAUUAGAGCUGAAAACUUCGACUUCAGAUCUUACAGAGGUGGAGUCAUUGAAGGAAAGGGUUGCGGAACCGACCUCGACCACGGAGUCACUCUCGUCGGAUACGACGCUGAUGAAGAUGCUUGGAUCGUCAGGAACUCCUGGGGAGCCGGCUGGGGAGAAGACGGAUAUGUCAGAAUCAGAAGAGGUGAGGACUAUGGAGUUUGUGGUAUUAACCAACAGAACGCCCAAGCCGUCUAUGAUCCAUCUGAAUACUAAUUAUAAU